GUCGCGGUGAUCGAGGACGUCUCUGUCGCCGCAUCAACGGUGCCAACGGAGCUCUUCCCGGUAGGCGCGCUGGAGUACUACACGAAGAAAAAUAUGGGCUGGGAGUACACGCCGGAGGAGGCUGCGCAGUGGCAGCUCCAGGAGCGCGGCGGCGAUCAGGGCGACUACCGCGCAGGCAUCACGCGGAAGAUAGCCAACGCGAUCGACUGCCUCCGCUUGGAGCCGCUCUCGAAGCGCGCGACGAUCACCUUCCCCUUCACGGGCUGCGAGGCGGGCGGCGCGGGCGGCAGCGAGGCCAACGAUUGGACGGUGCAGGGGAUGAACAAGUGCUGCCGCGAGCUGCACCUGUAUCUGGAGGAUGGCAAGCUCAAGUGCACGGGCAUCGUGCGCAUGCAGAACGCAACCAUCUUCGUCAAGAACAUCCACUUCUUUUCCACACUGCUGCAGCACGUCGCCGACGCGCUCGGCGUCGAGCUGGGCGAGUACACGCACUGGAUCACCAACCUGUGCCACGACCGGAGCGCGACGUCCUGCUGACAGCCCGGCGCGCAGCCCACGCCGCGGCCCGACCGGAGAGAUGCGUGGCGUAGUUAGGCUGCUAGGCGUGUGUACUAUUUUUCUUCGGGAUUUG